AUGAGAAAAUGCGGACAAUUACCUUAUAUAACUAUUUUGGCUUUUAUCGCGCUUUGGUACGGAGAAAAUUAUAUUUUCAAAGUUGAAUUUGCUUUGAGAGAAAGAAAAAAAUUUGCAAAAGAAGAAAAUGUCGGAGAAAAUGAAAAUAUUGGAAGUAAAAUAAGUGGAAAGCAAUGCAACGCCCACAAGAAUAUUUUCUUCUUGAAGACGCACAAAGCCGGCAGCACAACUCUUCAAAAUGUCCUUUUACGGUACGGAGAAGCGAAUUCGUUGACAUUCGCGCUUCCGAAACAGCCGGGAGCUCAUGUAUUCAACUACAACUUGAAGUUCAACUCCGAUCUCGUCCGGCCAAGUCCAUCAGGUUCAUACAACAUUCUCUGCAAUCACCUUCACUUCGACGAAAAAGGUGUCAAAGAGACGAUGCCCAAAGAUACAAAAUAUAUUGCGAUCGUGCGAAAUCCUCUCGAUCUGUUUGAAUCGAUAAUGAGUUACUACACCGAAGAGGUAAGAGCUUUUCAGAGGGUUCCGGGGAGGGAUAUUCAGAACAACGACGAAACAGACGAGCGCACCAUCAAGCGGUGGAUUGAGCGGUUGGAUCAGAUAUUUGACUUAGUCCUAAUCACCGACUUCUUCGAUGAAUCGAUGAUUUUGCUCAAGGAGGAGCUCUGCUGGACGACAGAAGACAUUACAUUCAUUAAGUCGAAUUCGCGAAAGCUGGAGAAAUCAAAAUCAUCCACCGCGGACUGGCUCAGCGACGAGUACCAACAGAAGCUUAUCGACUGGAACAAGGCGGAUUGGAUGCUUUACCAGCAUUUCAACACCACCUUCGCUAACAAAGUGGAGAACUUUGGCCGCGAAAGGAUGGACAACGAAAUCAAAUUGCUCAACGAAGCAAAUCAAAAAAUCGCAGAUGAUUGUCUGAGGGAAGAAACAACGACGAGUUACUUUCACUCUGUCCCGAUCCAGCGCUACAAAUUGAAGGAUAAAAACGACAACUUCUGCUCUAAUUAUGUCCGCUCGGAACGUCAGUAUUUGAACAAAAUUAAUCAGCGACAAGAAGAAAUGCUCAAUCUGCUGCGCACCCAAACUUCGAACAAGCUGUAA